UUCCCCGAUGAGUUCCAUGCUUUGGAUUAGUUGUUUACAAACAUGCCGUUUUCAUGAUCGCCGUGUUCAGUGUCGUAAUUUUUAUCACGAAAAGAAAAUGUUGUUAUUAAUUUUUAUCCGCAGUUUUAGUACAGCAGCAAAGAGUGCAAACGUUAAGUUAUCGAAAGCGGAUAUUAUCAAACGGUUAAACUAUGAAAACAAGGCGUUGUUCGGGGCAGUAGUAAAGCCGGCUAAAAAGAAAAGCAAAACCACGCAAGCAGAUAAAGAAGCUAAAACAAAUCUACAGACAGUUGAAACCGAGUACUCUUCCGAGAUAUACUGGCAAACUAAAAAUGUGUCACGGGAAACCCCCAGCACCAAUGCGUCGGUUGAAAGUGUUGGCAUAUCAUCAGGUCUGAUUAUUCCAUUCACAGAAACAGAACUAAAGCACAUUACAAAGUUCCCGAUCGGUCCAAGUGCUAAAGGAAUCAUUGAAAAGCAAUGGACACUGCAUGAGCAAUGUGAAAGUGAAGAGUACAGAUCGCCCUCGGUUAAUCGGGUGCUAUCGGCCACCAUGCCGGAGGCAUCAAGACAGGCGCUGCUUCGUUGGAAGGCAGCUAAAAUUGCUGAACUGGGUGAAGCAGGAUUUCAACAGCUACAAACGGAAAUAUUUGCCCGUGGCAGUACAUUACAUGCUACGCUAGAGACAUGGUUAACCGGUUGCGAUCCAUCCGAGCAAAUGAUUGAAAAGACUGGCGUACUAUGGAAAAGUAUUCGUGGAGCGCUUGAGGAAGUCGAACGUCCAGCGAAGAUGAUUGAACAGAAGCUGUAUCAUCCAUACCUACAUUACAACGGCAUAGUGGACUGCAUUACCUCCAUAAAGGGCCAAUACCAUGUCAUCGAAUGGAAAACGUCGGACAAUCCGAAAGCAAGCGUAGCAGCCACCUACGAUGCACCGAUACAGUUGUGCGCGUAUAUGGGUGCGCUGCAAGCCAAUAAAAACCUGUGUGACUCGCAAAUAAAACGUGGUGCGAUAUUUGUAGCAUACACCAGCGGAAAACCGGCCAAUGUUCACCUGCUUGAUGGUGGUGAAAUGCGUCGCUAUUGGCAGCUAUGGUUACAUCGUUUGCAAGAGUAUUGGACGCGUUACAGGGAUGGUACUUUACCAGAACCUAUUUAGCAAAUGCAUAGGGCACUAGUUUGAGAAAUCAAUAAAACUGCCCGAACUAAAGUGUAGUUUCAAAGAA